AUGUCCUGCUUCGCAGUUCCGCGGAGCAUCCUGCAGCAGCUGGCGCCGUUGCGCCAGGAGGAUGGCGAGAGCCUGGAGGACCCCGCGGCGCAAGACCUCGAGGUCUUGCGCCGCGAGGCGCAGGAAUCUCACAGGGGCGACCUGCGGCGCGGGGCGAGUGCUGGGCACCAGCCGCUCUUCAUGAUGCUGAUCUUGGGCCACCUGCGGCAAGUGAGCCUCGGGCCCGGCAUCAACGGCACCUUUGUGGACUGCACCUUCGGCCGGGGCGGGCACUCUCGCAGCCUGCUGCGCCAGAUCUCGCGCAGCUCCACGCUCUAUGCCAUGGAUGUGGACCAACAGGCGGUGGAUGUGGCCCUGGAGAUGGCCAGGAAGGACCAGCGGCUCAAGGUCUUCAAGAGCUCCUACGCGCGGCUGGCCGAGAAGGUGAAGGAAGAGGUGCAGGCGGUGCUCAUCAACAGCGGCUUCACCACCGAGGACAAGCGGAACAUCAGCCGGGGCAUGCGCAAGGGUCCGCUGGACCUGCGAUUUGACACCCAGGCCGGGGUGCCAUGCUGGCAGUGGCUGGCCAAUAUGACCUACCCGCAGCUCUGGAAGGCCAUGUUCAAGCACUCCGACAUUGCGGAGAUGCUGUGCAAGCGCAUCUCCCACGAGCUGCUCUACGAGCAAGCCUGCCUGGGCGGGCGCUUCACUUCCAUCGCGCAGUUGGAGACAGCCGUGCGAAGGGUAUAUCCUGCCAUACAGGAUCUCACGACGAGCAGCAGACAGGUGGGGCCCAAGCGGGUUCUGGGUGCUCUGCGGCGCAUGGUGAACCGGGAGAUGGAGGAGCUGCAGGAGGCCUUGAGCCAAGCCUUCCAAGUGCUGCGUGUAGGGGGGAGGUGCCUCAUGGUGUGCCAGAACAAGCUGGAGGCGACCAUCGCCAUCAACUUCGCCCGCGACCACGAGGAGCCCAGGCCGGAGGCGAAUUUGAAGAUGGACGUCCGGCGGCUGCGUAACCUCUACCCGCUCGCAGGCACGGAGCUCCCCUACGCCGUGAAGCUCCUCGACUGCGCGCGGCUCUCGCGCUUCGAGCUGACCCAGAACCCGGACGCCACCCCCGGGGCUCAGCUCCUAGUCCUGGAGAAGGUGCCCAGGACGAUCCUGCCAAUGCCGCGGGCGAGAGGAAAAGGGAAGACGAGCAUCGCGCGUUCCGGUGGAGAGUUUCUCAAGAUGGUGGUGGCGGUGCUGGACCUGGGUCUCCACCGGCGCAUGGACCACGACAGCUCCAAAGGCAUCUCCUCCCUCGCCACCAAGUGGAUCAGCAAAGCCGCCGCCACACAGAGGAAGGGGCGCGCCGGGCGCACGCAGCCGGGCUUAUGCCUGCGGCUCUACACCAAGCAGUACUUCGAGAAGAUCAUGCCUGACUACGAGCCUCCGGAGUCCACGUCGAUGUCUCUAGAUCGUCUCUAUUUACAGGCGAAGCAGCUCUCCCAGCAGCUCUGCGGGGCGCUGCAGGGCGAGGGGGUGCCCCGCACGGCGGCGGAGUUGCUGAUGCAGAUGCCGGAGGCGCCGAACAUGAUGAAGGUGGGCUCCGCGCGCCAGAGGAACGCGGAGUUGGGCACCAUCAGCGAAGCCACGGAGGCGGCAAAGAUCACCGCCCUGGGGCAUCUCUGCCUGCAGCUGCCGCUGGAUUUGAAGCUCACGCGCCUGGUGUGGCUGGGCGCCCACUUCGGCGUGGCCUCCGACGCCGUGGUGCUGGCGUCCGUGCUGAGCUCCAACGACGCGUUUUCCAUGCCCAGCCCGCUGUUUAUGCGGGAGGCGAGCCGGGCCGAGCCGCUUCCCCGGGCUGACAGCUGA